AAAUAUGAACGCGAAGACGAGAAGAAGGAUCAAAAGAGUCCUGAAGCCAAAGCCCAAGAAUAGGGCUAACCUCACAACUGACAUGUUUAAGGAAUACAUUAAAAAAUUCAUGCUGGUGAAAAACUUAGAGGCUAAGCGGAAAGUAAACAAUGAGAGAAAACUUGCCAAAAGAUCCCGGGUAAGACCCAAAAAGUACUCUGUGGUAGGAAAUACUGAAAUGGGGAUAAGAUCUCCCAUCCGGCCUAAAAUUUUGAAGAAAAUAAAGUUUAAAUAAGACCUCUGCAAGAUCUAUCGUGAAGAAAAUGAAGCCCUCGGCUAUUGCAAAGUUACGACGGACUAGAAACCAGAGUUAUAUAGGGCAUAAAACUCGUGCUGAAAUGAAGGGAUUAAAUCUACCAAAAUUGCGUAUGUUCAGCCAGAACAGUAGAGAUUUCAAGCAAGGAAUGAUGAAAUCAAGAUAUGAUAAAUACUCCUCGCCUUCGAAACUAAGAGACUCCACCAUUGCCCCAGGAGAAAUUCCAUGGAGCCUUGACUCACAAAAAGUGAUUAAUUCGUUAACGAGUCAUCAGGAUAUGGGCCUUGGAUCUCCUGAGAUAGACGAUACUUUGUACUACAAAAAUCCUCCCUCGAAAGAUAUUAGAAAGAGAUCAACGAAUGAUAGGAGGAAGUUCUUCAAAACUAUUGGCAAAGGCAAGUACUCAUCCUUCUUCGAGAAUAUUGGCAAAGACAGUGAGACUUCAUCCAUGAGGACGAAUAUUGGUAACUCUGUACCGAAUAAGUCUUUCAGAUUUUCAGAGGCCUAGUAACAAUAAAAUAAUUUUUAAGCUAAAUAUUCU